AUGUUGCUUUUUAGGUUUGUCUGGAGACCAGAGAAUGUUUCAUGGAAAGGAAGCUGUGGAGACACGACAUGGUCGGGUUAGAAAUGGGGAAACGCCACGAUUCCAUACGGUGAACUUUGCCCAGCCUGUGCGCUUUAGCAGAAAAUGCCCAUCAGGAUGGCACCACUAUGAUGGAACAGCAAGCUGCUAUAAGGUGUACUCCUCUGGCGAAAACUACUGGGAUGCCGUUCAGACAUGUCAGAAAGUGAAUGGCUCACUGGCAACAUUUACCACAGAUUCAGAGUUAAAAUUCAUUUUGGCCCAGGAGUGGGACAUGGAAGAAAGGCCAUUUUUAAGAAAAGACCAGCGAAGGUUUUGGGUGGGGUACCAGUUUGUGAUAACAAGCAGGAACCAUUCUGUGGAGGGACACUGGGAGGUUGCUUAU